ACGCAUCGAAGACAGAUAAAAUAAUGAACCAACCAGGGGCAAAUUAGAUGUUUUAAGCACACGACCAGCAGUAUAUAUAGAGGCAUAUUAUUACAGUGGACAUCAUAAGUCACUUGGCUACUUGAGAUUACUGUACACCUCAGGAACAAAACGGGCAACAUGAAAUUCGUACUAGUAUUGUGCCUGGUGGCCGCCGCAGUCCUGGCUGAUGAUGACAAGUACACCAGUAAAUACGACAACAUUGAUCUGGACGAGAUCCUCUCCAACAAGAGGCUCCUCACUGCCUACGUCAACUGCGUCAUGGAGAGAGGAAAGUGCAGCCCUGAGGGCAAGGAACUGAAAGAACAUCUAGUAGACGCCAUUGAGACUGGCUGCAAGAAAUGUACUGAAGCCCAAGAGAAGGGAGCAUACAAGGUCAUUGAACACCUGAUCCAGCACGAGCUGGACAUCUGGCGUGAGCUGUGCGACAAGUACGACGCCUCUGGCAAGUGGAGGAAGACAUACGAAGACCGCGCCAAGGCCAACGGCAUCGUCAUCCCAGAAUGUCCCACAAUACUCUUGGACAGGAUCCUAUUGUCUAGUGUUUGGAUUAAUAAACCUACUAAAAGUAUGAAUUUCCUCGUGUUGUCGAUUGUGGUUACGAUGGCGGCCUUCGUAGCUGCUGAAACUUACACGGACAGAUACGACCACAUCAACAUUGACGAGAUCAUUGAGAACAGGAAACUGCUGGUUCCUUACAUCAAGUGUACCCUGGACCAGGGAAGAUGUACUCCUGAAGGCAGGGAACUGAAAGCUCACAUCAAGGACGCUAUGCAGACCUCCUGCUCGAAAUGUACCGAGAAACAAAAGAAGGGUGCCAGGAAGGUCGUCAGACACAUCAGGGCUAAGGAGCAGGAUUACUGGAAGCAAAUCCUGGCCAAAUACGACCCUGAAGACCAAUACAAGGAGAACUACGAAUCCUUCCUCGCCGCUGAGGACUGAGAGGUCAACAUAAAAUAGCCAUUUGUUACAAAUUUUACCAAAUUAUACUGCACGUUGAAGAAAAUUAAGUCGAUUGUAUAAAGUAUUGUAGUCUAAUAAAUCAUCAGAAACAAA